AUGGGCACUGUGAAGUUUUUCAUGGACCAUCAAAUCUUUGAGAAGAUCCCCGCGGGCAGUGCCAUCUCGAUCAAACAACUAGCCGACACAACCAUGACAGACUUCAAUUUGCUAGAGCGGUUCUCUGCUUUUCUGGUUGCUGGUCAUGUUCUCGAAUCUCCAGAGCUCGGAUACGUCGCCCACACCCCAAUUUCCGUGAUCCUCCAAGACCACCGGGCAGUUCUGUUCUACACCCAUAUAUUUAAUUUUUUCAUGUUGCCCAUGUCAAGGUGGACCGAGUACUUCAAGCAACAUGGCCCUUCCGAGCCAACCAGCACCUCCACCCCGUUUGGCCACGCCUGGGGGCAGCCGGAUAAAUCUUUGUACGAAAUUCUCGAAGCCAGGCCGGAAAUGGCAGAGUCAUUUAAUCGGACCAUGGCAAUUGCUUUGGGCGAUAUGCCUGUCAUCGGGGCAUACGACUUUAGCUGGAUCGAGGAGUACGUAACCUACUGCGAGCAAGAUAGCCGGGAAUGUACUCGGCCCUUGAUUGUGGACGUGGGAGGUGGAAAGGGGCAAGCUCUCAACGCCAUUUUGUGUCGAUAUCCAAGGAUUCCCUCGCGACUGUGUGUUCUCCAAGAUCAAGCGCAGGCAAUCCAAGAGGCAACGGACGAAAAUGAAGAAGUUUUGCGGCCUGUUCAAAAGAAGGUGUCGAGCUUCUUUGAUGAGCAGCCCGUGAAAGGUGCGCUUGUCUAUCAUAUUCGUCGGGUUCUCAACGACUGGCCGGAUGAGGAUUGUGUCACAAUUCUCCGUCAUAUCCGGGAGGCCUGCGAACCAGACUCGAGAGUGCUCGUCUCAGAGCAGCUUUUGCCCCCCGAACCCUCGCUGCAUAUCGCGGCAGGGGAUCUCUGGAUGAUGAACUUUGGUGGCAAGCGACGUAGUGGCCGCAUGUUCACCGAGCUGGCAUCAAAAGCUGGGCUAAGAGUUUUCUCAAUUUCUAAGGAGGACUCCUCCAACUCUGCGGUUAUUGAGAUGGUCCUGAUAGGAGACGAUGUCUAA